UGCCGGGUGAAUGCCAAAAUGCACUCUAGGCUUGUGUUUGCACUCCUGGUGGUGUCCUUCCACCCCGAGGUGCUGGGCAAGAACUUGAAAUACAGGAUUUAUGAGGAGCAGAGGGUUGGAUCCGUAAUUGCAAGACUAUCCGAGGAUGUGGCUGAUGUGUUAGCGAAGCUACCGUAUCCUUACGUGCGAUUUCGAGCCAUGCAGAGGGGAAAUUCGCCUCUGCUGGUAGUGAACGAGGACACCGGGGAAAUCAGCAUAGGGGCGAAAAUUGACCGGGAGCAGCUGUGCCAGAAAAACUUGAAUUGUUCCAUAGAGUUUGAUGUGAUCACCCUACCCACUGAGCAUCUGCAGCUUUUCCAUAUUGAGGUUGAAGUGCUGGAUAUCAAUGACAAUGCUCCCCAGUUUUCAAGACCUCUCAUUCCUAUUGAGAUAUCAGAGAGUGCAGCGGUUGGCACUCGGAUCCCUCUGGACAGUGCAUUUGAUCCAGAUGUUGGGGAAAAUUCCCUCCACACGUACUCUCUCUCGGCCAAUGAAUUUUUCAGUAUUGAGGUCCGGACCAGGACAGAUGGAGCCAAGUAUGCAGAACUCAUAGUGGUCAGAGAGCUGGAUCGGGAGCUGAAGUCCAGCUAUGAGCUCCAGCUCACUGCCUCAGAUAUGGGGGUGCCUCAGAGGUCCGGCUCGUCCAUCCUAAAAAUCAGCAUUUCGGACUCCAAUGACAACAGCCCUGUUUUUGAGCAGCAGUCUUAUAUAAUACAACUCUUAGAAAACUCCCCCGUUGGCACUUUGCUCCUAGAUCUGAAUGCCACUGAUCCAGAUGAGGGCGCCAAUGGGAAAAUUGUAUAUUCCUUCAGCAGUCAUGUGUCUCCCAAAAUUAUAGAGACUUUUAAAAUUGAUUCAGAAAGAGGACAUUUGACUCUUUUCAAGCAAGUGGAUUAUGAAAUUACCAAAUCCUAUGAGAUUGACGUUCAGGCUCAAGAUCUGGGUCCAAAUUCAAUUCCAGCUCAUUGCAAAAUUGUAAUUAAGGUUGUGGAUGUUAAUGACAAUAAGCCUGAAAUUAACAUAAAUCUCAUGUCCCCUGGGAAAGAAGAAAUAUCUUAUAUUUUUGAAGGGGAUCCUGUUGAUUCAUUUGUUGCAUUGGUCAGGGUUCAGGACAAGGAUUCUGGGCUGAAUGGAGAAGUAGUUUGCAAGCUUCAUGGACAUGGUCACUUUAAACUUCAGCAGAGUUAUGAAAACAACUAUUUAAUCUUGACCAAUGCCACACUGGAUAGAGAAAAGAGAUCUGAAUACAGUUUGACUGUAAUUGCUGAGGACAAGGGGACGCCCAGUCUCUCUACAGUAAAACAUUUUACUGUUCAAAUCAGUGAUAUAAAUGACAAUCCACCCCACUUCCAGAGAAGUCGAUAUGAAUUAGCGAUCUCCGAGAAUAACUCGCCAGGGGCAUUUAUCACCACUGUUACAGCCACAGAUCCUGAUCUUGGAGAAAAUGGGCAAGUUACAUAUACUAUUUUGGAGAGUUUUAUCCUGGGAAGUUCCAUAACUACAUAUGUUACCAUUGACCCAUCUAAUGGAGGCAUCUAUGCCCUCAGAAACUUUGAUCAUGAAGAAGUGAGUCAGAUAACAUUUGUGGUUGAAGCAAGAGAUGGAGGGAGUCCGAAGCAACUUGUAAGCAAUACUACAGUUGUGCUCACCAUCAUUGAUGAAAAUGACAAUGUCCCUGUGGUCAUAGGGCCCACACUGCGCAAUAAUACUGCAGAAAUCUCCAUCCCCAAAGGGGCCGAAAGUGGCUUUCAUGUCACAAGAAUAAGGGCAAUUGACCGAGAUUCUGGUGUGAAUGCUGAACUCAGCUGCUCCAUAGUAGCAGGCAAUGAGGAGAAUAUCUUUAUAAUUGAUCCACGAUCAUGUGACAUCCAUACAAAUGUGAGCAUGGAUUCUGUUCCCUCCACAGAAUGGGAACUCUCAGUCAUCAUCCAGGACAAAGGCAAUCCUCAGCUGCAUACCAAAGUCCUUCUGAAGUGUAUGAUCCUUAAAUAUGCAGAAUCAGUGACAAGUACAGCAAAGACCCCAGCAAGCCAGGAAUCUUUGGAUGUCUCCAUGAUUAUAAUUAUUUCCUUAGGAGCAAUUUGUGCAGUGUUGUUGGUUAUUAUGGUGCUGUUUGCAACUAGGUGCAACCGAGAAAAGAAAGACACGAGAUCCUACAACUGCAGGGUAGCAGAAUCAACUUACCAGCACCACCCCAAAAGACCAUCCAGGCAGAUUCACAAAGGGGACAUUACAUUGGUGCCUACCAUCAAUGGCACCCUACCUAUCAGAUCUCAUCACAGGUCGUCUCCAUCCUCAUCUCCUACCUUAGAAAGAGGGCAAAUGGGCAGCCGGCAGAGUCACAACAGUCACCAGUCCCUCAACAGUUUGGUGACAAUCUCAUCGAACCACGUGCCAGAAAAUUUCUCAUUAGAACUCACCCAUGCCACUCCGGCUGUUGAGGUCUCCCAGCUUCUUUCAAUGCUUCACCAGGGGCAAUAUCAGCCAAGGCCAAGUUUUCGAGGAAACAAAUACUCUAGGAGCUAUAGAUAUGCCCUUCAGGACAUGGACAAAUUUAGCUUGAAAGACAGUGGCCGUGGUGACAGUGAAGCAGGAGACAGUGAUUAUGAUUUGGGGCGAGAUUCUCCAAUCGAUAGGCUGCUGGGCGAAGGAUUCAGUGACCUGUUUCUCACAGACGGGAGAAUCCCAGCAGCCAUGAGGCUGUGCACGGAGGAGUGCAGGGUCCUGGGACACUCUGACCAGUGCUGGAUGCCACCUCUGCCCUCACCAUCCUCUGACUAUAGGAGCAACAUGUUCAUUCCAGGGGAAGAAUUCCCAGCGCAGCCCCAGCAGCAGCAUCCGCACCAGGGUCUUGAGGAUGACACCCAGCCUGCGGAGUCCGGUGAGAAGAAGAAGAGUUUUUCCACCUUUGGGAAGGACUCCCCCAAAGAGGAGGACCCUGGGGACAAAGGCACGUCAUCUCUGCUCUCAGAAAUGAGCAGUGUGUUCCAGCGUCUCUUACCCCCUUCCCUGGACACCUAUUCUGAGGCCAGUGAGGUGGAUAGGUCCAACUCUCUGGAACGUCGGAAGGGACCUCUGCCAGCCAAGACUGGGGGCUACCCACAGGGUGUGGCAGCCUGGGCGGCCAGUACGCAUUUUCAAAAUCCCACCACCAACUCUGGGCCCCCCCUGGGAACCCACUCCAGUGUGCAGCCAUCUGCUAAAUGGCUGCCGGCCAUGGAGGAGAUCCCCGAAAACUAUGAAGAAGAUGAUUUUGACAAUGUGCUCAACCACCUCAACGAUGGGAAGCAUGAACUCAUGGAUGCCAGUGAGCUAGUGGCUGAGAUUAACAAGCUGCUUCAGGAUGUCCGCCAGAGCUAGGAGAUUUGGGCCAAGUGUUUUGGUUUCCAGGUACAUGGAAGUAGGGGACAGAGAAAACCCUGAGAGAACUGGCAUUGCCAAAUUGUUGCAUUUAUCAUAAAUGUGUCUGUGUAUAUUGAAUAUUAAAUACUGUAUUUUCGUAUGUACACAAUGCAAGUGUGAUGAUUUCAAUCUGUAUUUUAAAAAUACAUUUGUACCUUAUAUUUAUGUGUAAUUUAACAGACAAAUUUUAUUUUUUUACUCCCAUGACAAACAUGUCUUUCCUAAUCACGUAGAAAGUAGCCACUGUUCAAUUCUGAUAUACUAUUCAACCAUAAAGUAUACAGGCACUGCUUAGAUUAGUUACGUUGGGGAAGAAAUUGUUAUGCCGUAGGAACAACCCCACUAAAGCAUUAUAGAAUUCUUACUUCUAUUAAGUGAUCCAACUUUUUUCAAUACUUUUUA